AUGAAGAGAUCGCUGCGGCGGUUCUCGGGCUCGCGGAGCUUGGGAGCGUCUAGAUGCGUGAUUGAAGAGAUCGCUGCGGAGGUUCUCGAGCUCGCGGAGCUCGGGAGAGAGUCCUCCUCUCAAUUAACCGGAAAACCUAGAACCGCAGCUGCCGUAGUAUGUCAGGCGACCUCCGAGGAGUCCUCUGCCGCGACCUCGUCCCAGCUCAAGGCUUUCUCCGCCGCGCUCGCUCUGUCGUCGAUCAUCCUCUCCGCGCCGGUGCUGCCGGCGUCCGCCGACAUAUCGGGGCUGACGCCGUGCAAGGAGUCGAAGCAGUUCGCAAAGCGCGAGAAGCAGGAGAUUAAGAAGCUCGAGUCGUCGCUCAAGCUGUACGCCCCCGACAGCGCCCCCGCCCUCGCCAUCCAGGCCACCAUCGAGAAGACCAAGCGCAGGUUUGAUAACUACGGCAAACAGGGCCUUUUGUGCGGUUCGGAUGGUCUCCCUCACCUGAUCGUGAGCGGUGACCAGCGGCACUGGGGUGAGUUCAUAACUCCGGGCAUAUUGUUCUUGUACAUUGCCGGAUGGAUCGGGUGGGUUGGCCGGAGCUACUUAAUCGCCAUUAGAGAUGAGAAAAAACCAACAAUGAAGGAGAUUAUAAUCGACGUGCCACUUGCCAAUAAGCUCGUCUGGAGAGGCUUCAGCUGGCCUGUUGCUGCCUACAGGGAGUACUUGAAUGGGGAGCUUAUCGACCCCAAUGUCUGA